CGAUCACAUCAAUGUAACAGUGACAGCAGUCCACACGACUCAAUCUACAGCAGAACCAAUCAAUGCGACUAUUCGUUUGUAUCUCCCUCCUUAUGUAGUAUAUGAUUCAUCUAUUUUCAACAACGCGACAGUUGAUGGCACAGUGAAAUUUAAUCCAGAAUUUGGAGGAUUAGACAUAAUGAUACCGCAAUUCUUAUUCUCCGACUCAGCUACUAUUGUGGUUAGAUUAAUAGCUGAUCCUCGCAACGAAAGGGGUUUCGGCAGAGGAGAAAUAAACGCCACUACACCUUACAGAGUUCUUUGUCUCCAAAACUACAGAGAGGAACCGUCAGCCAAUCCUGAAACUGCUGAAACAAUAGUUAAUUGUGGACCUAUAGAUUAUAUUAUGUUUGUAGUUAACAGUCAAGAAUGUUACAAUAAAUUAGAAUUAAAUAAUCCGAAGAAAAUUUAUAAAUGCCAGCUUAGUGCGUCUUCGGCAGCAAAAAGAGAAACAGGACCAUACAACAUCAGAAGGAAUAGUAAAAAAGGAUGGUCUCCGGCAUUGCGUUUAGGACCGCACAAACCAUACUUUCAAAUAGAUUUUCUUCGAAAUACGAGAGUGUCUAGGUUAGAAUUCGUAAAAGUGGCUGAUACCAGAAGUGUUACAAAAUACCGUCUGCAGUAUAGCCACACUGGAUCAGACUGGCUUUAUGCAAAUGAAGUAACUGAACUGACCUACAGAAAAAAUGGUGAAGCUAUCGACACCUUAGAAAAGCCAAUUCAGACCAGAUUUGUCCGAGUUAUCAUAGAAGAAGCAGAAAAAGGAGAAGAGGAUACUAAAUAUAUCGGGCUUAAGAUGGAGAUGUACGGAUGCUUCAUUGGAGAAAAACUGGCUUCAGUGACAUGCGCAAAGACUGACCCAACAUGGUACUCGGACGAUAAAAAUAAAUAUGGACGGCACUUUUCAGUUGACUUGAAUAAAGACAUCAUUUAUUUCUGCGAUCUAGAGUAUGACAUGCAAAAUUUGGUUUGCUAUUCAUCAACAGAUGCUGGCACGUCUUGGAGAACUCUUCCAAAAAGCAUAGGGGGCAUACUUGGAUGGGACAAGAAAACAGGUCGUACUUACGGAUUUGACAAGCGCAAGCGGGCACACGUCGCUUGCGAUGACGGCGUUAAUUGGCUAGCGGUCGAUGAGAUGGAAGUCAACAACACGGUUGUUAAGAAAACUUUUUACAGAAGUCAACCCGUGCCAGCCUUUAAUAAGGAGGACAUCGAAAUGCUAGAGAGUAAAACAGGAAGAUGGGAAGCAUCUUUUGAUGGAUUGAUGUAUGAAGGCAAGUCAGAACCACGAGCACGAUGGAGUAGAUGUUGCAAGAUGAACAAAUGAAAGGCUAUUUAGCAACGAUUUUGAACAAACGAACUUUUAUAAUUCAUUUAGCACAGUGUCUACAUUAUAGCACACAAUAGAAGUGCAAACUAUGGGAAUAGUAUGUCAAAUAUAUGAUUUACACAUUCAGAAUAACAUAUGCACAUGCAUUUGGAAAUGCUAAAAACUAAAAAAAUGAUGACUCAAAAAAUAAAGUCAUAAAUUUUUAUGUUUUCCAUGAAAUCAAAACUUUUAAAAUGUAAAUUUUGUUCAAAAUAUUUUAAAUGCUUUUAAUGAUUGUUAAAUAUUAAAUGUUUAAAAAGCAAAUGUAAAAAUAUUUUGGAGAGUGUAAAAAACUGAUCAGCUAUUUUAGUCACAAAAUGAUGUCUACAACAAUACCAAUAUCUAUUUUUUAAAUAUCAGAUUGUAUCAUAAUUUGGGCUAAUCUUUAAAGACUUUAUGUGACUCUAAUAUGUGUACAGAAAUGAUGUAAAUAGACUUAGAGAUGUAACAGAGAGCUUAAUAUUUGUUUCAUUUUUCAUCAAAAAAGAUAGAAUAAAAUUAAUAACUGUGAAUAUAUACAAUCAAAAAAUAAAAGGUUAAACCCAUG